AUGCCGGGUCCCCUAACCCAUCACCACCAUCACCAGAACUCCCUCUCACAUACACACUAUCCUUCCCCUCCGAACGCAAAUGGUCUACAGGGACAUGCUGCGAUGGGGCAGAAUGGCUCCCCCGGGAGCGUUCAGACGCCGAUCAUGACACCGCAUUGGCAACAACAACUCCUCAAAUGUGACAUGAUCCGAGUUUCACGAUCGCCCCACCAUCGUGCACGGGCGAGUGCGAUGGCAUCGCGAACAGUUCAGAAGGCGGCCAUUCCUAUCACAAAUCCUAACGCAGUUAAGCCUCCAGACACGAAUGGGACGUCAAAGAAGGAGCAGGAUGGCGCAGGUUCGUCUCCGUCAAGUGCCUCUAGACCAGCGUCGGAAUCAUCCCCCACGCCUGCGUCGGGAACCGCCAAUCACCCAUCUUCUCUUGUCGCUCCCAUUUCAGAGGCUUCCCGCCCCACAGCUUCCAAGCCGCCAGAGAACACGUGGAACUCACUGGACAUGGGCGGUGUCAACAUCAAGAACAUUCCGCCCACGUCUGGCUUGUUCUCCUUCACGUUCCUCAUUAACCUCUACCUCAAUCACAACGCUCUCACGAGAAUUCCCCCUGAGAUUGCGAAGCUUCGUCACCUUGAGCUUCUCGAUCUCUCCGGUAACAACCUCAUGACCGUUCCGCCCGAGCUUGGAAUGCUAACCUCCUUGAAGGAGCUCUAUCUGUUCGACAACCAUCUAGCGAAUGUUCCCGCGGAGUUGGGCACCCUGCAUCAGCUGCAGACUAUCGGGAUUGAGGGGAAUCCGUCGUUCGAUGCGAAUCUGAAACAUAUGGUGCAAAGGGACGGCACGCCUGCGCUCAUCUCGUACCUGCGCGACACGUGUCCGAGUCCGCCGCCGCCAUCUGAUCGCGUGUGGAAGAACCUCGUCAGUCAGGCGGAGCGGGACGCAAUGCAGGCAGACCCGAACGUCGAGACGUUCAGCGUCUUGUGCUACAAUGUUCUCUGUGAGAAGGCUGCGACCGAGCGGAUGUACGGCUACACGCCGUCGUGGGCGCUGGUCUGGGACUAUCGCAAGGACCGUAUCUUGUCAGAGGUCACGGGUCAAAACGCGGACUUCGUGUGCUUGCAGGAGGUGGACAACGCACAGUACGAGGAGUAUUUCCUCCGCAAUCUGUCGGAACGUGGUUACGAGGGCGUGUACUGGCCGAAGUCCCGAUAUAAGACCAUGAACGAUGCAGAUCGGCGACUGGUCGAUGGGUGUGCAACGUUCUACAAGUCGUCGAAAUACACUCUUGUGGAGAAGCAUCUCAUCGAAUUCAGCGCCGUCGCGAUGCAGCGAUCGGACUUCAAGAAGACCGACGACAUGUUCAACCGUGUGCUCGGCAAGGACCAUAUCGCUGUUGUGUGCCUAAUGGAGAACAAGAUGUCUGGCACACGGCUCAUCGUUGCGAAUGCACACAUCCACUGGGAUCCGCAAUAUCGUGACGUCAAGCUCGUCCAGGUCGCGCUGCUCCUUGAAGAGGUGGAGAAGAUGGCAAACAGCUUCGCCAAAUACCCACCACGGUUACCUACUCCUGCAUCUGUGACAUCACCGGUGAACGGCGAGAAUAACGCGUCGUCGCGUCCACCGCCAGUAUACAGUGACGGGUCGAAGAUACCGCUCAUUGUCUGCGGUGACUUCAAUUCGGUGCCGUCGAGCGGUGUUUACGAUCUCCUUUCCACAGGAAGCGUGCCCCCGACUCACCCCGACUUCAUGUCGCACCUGUACGGUAGGUACACGUCCGAGGGGAUCAAGCACCGCCUUGGUCUCAAGAGCGCAUACGCAACCGCGGGCGAGCUGCCAAUGACGAACUUCACCCCGAGCUUUCACGGCGUGAUCGACUACAUUUGGUACUCGACCGCGAACCUCUCCGUCAAUGGUGUCCUAGGAGAAAUUGACAGGAAGUAUCUUGAGAAGGUCGUUGGGUUUCCGAAUGUUCAUUUCCCAUCAGAUCACUUGUGCAUCGUGUCAGAGUUCCGAGUGCGGCCACUGCGAGACAAUCCACCACCCCGUCCACCACCUGUCUUCCCCGAGUCAUCUCGCGUACACACAUAG